GAUAUUUCCAAUCUUUCAGCAUUAUUAACACUAACCUCAUUCAACACUCCAUACUACCAACAAUUUAUCCAUCCAAAUACCAUAUUGUCUAGAUCAACAUCCAGAUCGAUAUCAAACUCUUGAUAUUCUCUUUCUAUCCGUAUCCAGCAAUUCUCUUCUUAUUUAACCACCGGAAUAUAAUACACAUCGCAUUCCUACUCGCCACUCCCAUCCACCUCUCUAUUCAUCAUCAAAAUAUUCAUCAAAUCAUGUGUCUCGACACUCUCUCGAAAUUCUCCUGCACUCCAUCCCACGACUCCCAUAAUACGAACCCCAUACACGGCUACACAAUCAGUAGCACCACAGAAUGUGCCCUCGUACUAAAAAUAUCCAAUGCCAGAUCCGAACGUGCAAGAUACCCCUGUCCAAAAGGGACCCAUCAAUCUUCCAUCGACACGCGCACAGAUAAUCGCAGAAACUUGUGUCCGGUGUGUACCGAACAUUCGGGCAACGGGAUAGCUGAAAAGGAAUUCGAGAUUCGGAGAAAAAUAGCUUUGAAGGGGAAGCAGGACAUCGAACCAAAGUUGGAGAAGAGAAGACAGAAAGCACUUGAAUGGAAAAAGAGAGUUGGAGAGCAAAAGAAAACUGCGAGACCGGCAGAAAUUGCAAAACAAGCAGACCUCAAGAAACAACCAAAGCUCUCCAGACACCCAGCACGCGCAAGACACGAAGAACCCAGAAAACUAAAUGCACCUACAAGAAGACCACAAGCCAGAGUAGCGAACGAAUCCCCAGGCGAAACAGUAGCUAGGAGAUAUGCAAAUCGGCAACUUGACAAGGAGAGGGAAUGUCGCGAGGAUGAGAAUGAUAGAAUUCAGAGACAGCUCGAACGAGAAUUCAGCACGGAGAAAACACAGAGGGGAAGAUAAACAAACAUUCCCGACUUGUUUCCGAACCCUAGGGAUUAGAAGAAAGGAAACUGUUGUAUAUGUAUAAUAGAGA